GCGCGCGCGGCAGCGCAGCGUGGCGGUCCUCUUGAUUCCGACUGCGCACGCUCGCUUGCUUUCUUUCUUGCGGGCGAGUGUCCGGCUGUCCAGUCCCAGCUGGGAUCGGGGAGCCCCCUACCAAUACGUCUUCAGGCGCCGGGGAUCCCGGCUCUUCCUCCUGCGCCGGCAUCCGGAGGUUCCACACCCCGCCUCCGCCCGAUCCGAAGACCCCAGCCUCGGCUUCCUGCGCGGGCCCCGCGCGCGGCGCAGUUCCCGGGGCCCUGGCGCACCAUGACCCGCGCGGCGCGGCCCCUCCUCGGGCUGCUGUGCCUGGCCGCGUGCGCGCUGCUGGGCGCGGGGGCCGAGGCCGACUUCUCCAUCCUGGACGAGGCGCGCGUGCUGGCCAGCCAGAUGCGGAGGCUGGCGGCAGAGGAGCUGGGGGUCGUCACCAUGCAGCGGAUAUUCAACUCCUUUGUUUAUACGGAGAAAGUCUCGAAUGGAGAAAGCGAAGUUCAGCAGCUGGCCAAAAAGAUCCGUGAGAAGUUCAACCGCUACCUGGACGUGGUCAGUCGCAACAAGCAAGUCGUGGAGGCGUCCUACACGGCUCACCUGACGUCCCCGCUCACUGCGACCCAGGACUGCUGCACGAUCCCAGCCAGCAUGAUGGAAUUCGACGGGAACUUUAACACCAAUGUAUCUAGAACAAUUAGUUGUGAUCGACUCUCUACUACCGUCAAUAGCCGAGCCUUCAACCCGGGACGAGACUUAAAUUCAGUCCUCGCAGACAACCUGAAGUCCAACCCUGGGAUCAAGUGGCAGUACUUCAGCUCAGAAGAAGGAAUUUUCACCGUUUUCCCAGCGCAUAAGUUCCGGUGUAAGGGCAGCUACGAGCACCGCAGUAGACCCAUCUAUGUGUCCACCGUCCGGCCGCAGUCCAAACACAUUGUCGUGGUCCUGGACCACGGGGCUUCACUUACUGACACCCAGCUGCAGAUUGCCAAGGACGCCGCGCAGGUCAUCCUCAGCGCCAUUGACGAGCACGACAAGAUUUCUGUACUAACUGUGGCAGACACCGUCAGGACCUGCUCUCUGGACCAGUGCUACGAAACCUUCCUGUCCCCGGCCACCAGUGAGACGAAAAGGAAGAUGUCCACCUUCGUCAGUGGUGUCAAGGCCUCAGACAGCCCCACACAGCACGCGGCCGGCUUUCAGAAGGCAUUCCAGUUGAUUCGCAGCACAAACAACAACACCAAGUUCCAAGCGAACACAGACAUGGUCAUCAUCUACCUGUCGGCAGGCACCACAUCAAAGGACUCCCCAGAGGAGGACAAAAAGGCGACUCUCCGUGUCAUCAAUGAGGAAAAUAGCUUCCUGAACAACUCGGUGAUGAUCCUCACCUACGCCCUCAUGAACGAUGGGGUGACUGGCCUGAAGGAGCUGGCUUUCCUGCGGGACCUGGCCGAGCAGAACUCGGGCAAGUACGGCGUGCCGGACCGCAGCGCGCUGCCCGUGAUGAAGGGCAGCAUGAUGGUGCUGAACCAGCUCAGUAACCUGGAGACCACGGUGGGCAGGUUCUACACCAACCUGCCCAACCGCAUGAUCGACGAGGCCGUCUUCAGCCUGCCCUUCUCAGACGAGAUGGGAGAUGGCUUGAUAAUGACUGUGAGUAAGCCCUGUUACUUCGGAAACCUCCUGCUGGGCAUCGUGGGUGUGGAUGUGAACCUGGCCUACAUCCUGGAAGAUGUGACCUAUUACCAAGACUCUGUGGCCUCCUACACGUUCCUCAUAGACAACAAAGGCUACACGCUCAUGCACCCGUCUCUCACCAGGCCGUACUUGCUCUCCGAGCCCCCCCUCCACACGGACAUCAUCCACUAUGAAAACAUCCCCAAGUUUGAAUUGGUUCGGCAAAAUAUCCUCAGCCUCCCCCUGGGCAGCCAGAUCAUCUCGGUCCCGGUGAACUCGUCUCUGUCCUGGCACAUCAACAAGCUGCGGGAGGCGGGGAAGGAGGCCUACAACGUCAGCUACGCCUGGAAGAUGGUGCAAGACACGUCCUUCAUUCUGUGCAUUGUGGUGAUACAACCGGAAGUACCUGUCAGGCAGCUGAAGAACCUCAACACGGUACCCAGCAGCAAGCUGCUGUACCACCGCCUGGACCUGCUGGGCCAGCCGAGCGCCUGCCUCCACUUCAAGCAGCUGGCCACCCUCGAGAGUCCGACAGUCAUGCUGUCAGCGGGCAGCUUCUCCUCUCCCUACGAGCACCUCAGCCAGCCCGAGACCAAGCGCAUGGUGGAGCACUACACCGCCUACCUGAGUGACAACACCCGCCUCAUUGCCAACCCAGGGCUCAAAUUCUCUGUGCGCAAUGAAGUUAUGGCGACCAGCCACGUCACUGAUGAAUGGAUGACACAAAUGGAAAUGAGCAGCCUGAACACUUACAUUGUCCGCCGUUACAUAGCAACGCCCAACGGCGUCCUCAGAAUUUACCCCGGCUCCCUCAUGGACAAAGCAUUCGAUCCCACCCGGAGACAGUGGUAUCUCCAUGCGGUGGCUAAUCCAGGGUUGAUUUCGCUGACCGGCCCUUACCUGGACGUCGGAGGAGCUGGCUACGUGGUCACAAUCAGCCACACAAUUCACUCGUCCAGUACACAGCUGUCUUCCGGGCACACUGUGGCUGUGAUGGGCAUUGACUUCACGCUUAGAUACUUCUACAAGGUCCUCAUGGACCUGUUGCCCGUGUGUGGCCAAGAUGGUGGCACCAAGAUAAGGUGCUUCAUCAUGGAGGAUAGGGGGUACCUGGUAGCGCACCCCACGCUCAUCGACCCCAAGGGCCAUGCCCCGGUGGAGCAGCAGCACAUCACCCACAAGGAGCCGCUGGUGGCCAACGACAUCCUGAACCAUCCCAACUUUGUGAAGAAGAACCUGUGCAACAGCUUCAGUGACCGAACCGUGCAGCGGUUCUACAAGUUCAACACCAGCCUUGCGGGGGACCUGACCAACCUUGUACAUGGCAGCCACUGCUCCAAAUACAGGCUGGCGAGGAUCCCGGGCACCAACGCAUUCGUCGGCAUCGUCAACGAGACGUGCGACUCGCUCGCCUUCUGUGCAUGCAGCAUGGUGGACCGGCUCUGUCUCAACUGUCACCGGAUGGAACAAAAUGAGUGCGAAUGCCCUUGUGAAUGUCCCCUGGAGGUCAACGAGUGCACCGGCAACCUCACCAAUGCAGAGAACCGGAACCCAAGCUGCGAGGUCCACCAGGAGCCAGUGACAUACACAGCCAUCGACCCUAGCCUGCAGGACGCCCUGCACCAGUGCGUCAACAGCAGAUGCAGCCAGAGGCUGGAAAGCGGGGACUGUUUUGGGGUGCUGGACUGCGAGUGGUGUGUGGUGGACAGCGACGGCAAGACCCACCUGGACAAGUCCUACUGUGCGCCUCAGAGGGAGUGCUUCGGGGGUAUCGUGGGGGCCAAGAGCCCCUACGUGGACGACCUGGGUGCCAUAGGUGACGAGGUGAUCACACUGAACAUGAUCAAGAGCGCGCCCGUGGGCCCCGUGGCCGGAGGGAUAAUGGGCUGCAUCAUGGUGCUGGUCCUGGCCGUGUACGCCUACCGCCACCAGAUCCACCGCCGAAGCCACCAGCACAUGUCGCCCCUCGCAGCCCAAGAAAUGUCAGUGCGGAUGUCCAACCUGGAGAACGACAGGGAUGAAAGGGACGAGGACAGCCAUGAGGACAGGGGCAUCAUCAGCAACACACGCUUCAUAGCCGCGGUCAUCGAGCGCCAUGCACACAGCCCCGAGAGGAGGCGGCGCUACUGGGGCCGGUCAGGGACAGAAAGCGACCACGGGUACAGCACCAUGAGCCCCCAGGAGGACAGUGAGAACCCACCAUGCAACAACGACCCCCUGUCUGCAGGGGUGGAUGUCGGCAACCACGACGAGGACCUGGACCUGGACGCCCCGCCACAGACCGCAGCCCUCCUGAGCCACAAGUUCCACCACUGCCACCCGCACCACAGCCACUGCCUGCAGGCAGCUGUGACCGUGCACACCGUGGACGCAGAGUGCUGACCUCAGUGGGCACGGGGGACAACAUGAGACCCACAGCAAGAGCUGUGGCAUGUGAGCUGGGCCAGAGCAGGGACCCCACUCCACUUCCUGGCGUGGACCAGAGGACGUGGAUGAGGCCGCAGGGUGGGCUGAUGAGUGGCCCUCGCUGUGCUCAUGGACAGAGCAGAAGGCAGAGCUCCGAAGGGGUCAGGGCCGAGGCCAAGGUGCAUUCCCCGGAGCUGGCCUGGGCUCUGUCACUGGUCGAGGGGAGAGUGACAGAGACCCUGGGCACUAGCUGUCACUACCCCAGACCCAGCUGUGAGUCCCUGCAGCCCCUGGAGACCAUGAUCGCUGUGUGGAACUCAUGCCAAGCUGCAACAAUGCAUCUCAAAAUUUCUAAGGAAAGGAUUAUUUUUCUACUAUUUAUUGAACUUUUCAAACAUUCUCAGACUUUGAAGCAAGGCCUGGAGCCAGGAGACGCGUCCAGCGAGCUCCCGAGCCCGUGCGUGUGUGGCACAGCUCCUGGCUGGCGGUUCUGCUUCUCCGUAACUGACCCGCACCCCGCUGCCUGCUGCGCCACCAGACGGGGGAGCGAACGACCUCGCUCUGUGACUCGGGGACAGUGUUUCCGGAGAUGCAGCUCUCCACGCAGCCGUGCUCCUGCCAGAGCCGGGAGGGGCAGAGGAACCCCAGCGGCUCUAAAGCAAGUGUUCCAUUUCUUUGUCGUUCAUUUUCACUUUCUUAGAUUUCUACGAAACCUUAUAUCACAACCCCAGCCCUCCCGCUGCGGGAGGCUUGGGUUUCUUCUCGUUUUAAAGACGAUGCAUUUUACAAUGUCCCGUUUUUGAGAAUUGAACACGAGGGGAGGUGUUUUAAAAUUGUGAAAUUUGGCUUCUUAAUGAAAGAUUUCUUUUGAAAUCAGGGUGAAAAGCUGCAGCCAGGUACCCAGGAGGUCAGCACCAAACCGCUCAGUUCAGGCAAAGAUUAACCCAAUCCGGCCACUGCGCCCGUGGCACGGUACUUUUAAAGUAGUGUCCUAAUGACAGAUGUAUCUUAGAUUCACAUUUUGUGACUCAGCUAUGUUAUGAAGACAUUCUUGCACCGUGCGUGUGGUAAAUCUCCAUUUAUAUGUAGUUGGGAAAAAAAUUCACUGAAUAAUGUUUUAAUGAUAGGCUAUUCUGAUAUCAUGUAAAAACAAUUGGGCCUUCCUCAGUCCAGACGGUAACCUCUGUAUGUGCUAUCCGGACCCCCUUCAUCCUGUGUAUAAAAUUGCAGUCUAGUGAA